AUGGCCGCUCUCACGGAUUCUGCCUUCUUACGGCCACCCGGCAACGAGGAAUACGAUGCUGUCUAUCGCCAACCUUCCUCUUACAAUCCUCUCCACACGUUCACCCUUCCUAUGGGGAGUGAUCGACACUACCAACAACAAUAUGGCGACAUGUACUUUUUACGAUUGGCCAAGUUGAAGCCUGCCGUGGAAAAGAUUGCGAUGGACGCCUGGGGUGAACUGAUUAUUGCGGGGGAAUCUGCACGACGGGUCGACCGAGUUCUCGACGUGCGACAGGGAGAGCUGUGCUGGAUGGCAGGCACUGUAUACAUGGACAUGCCGCUUAAGCCCAACAUUCUGGAAGACCUGACAAAAGAAACAUUUACUUCCGCGCCUCCCCCCCGCCGGACCUAUACCGACCCCUCCAACCCCUCUGCGACUCAAAUUAUGAUGGAAGAUGAGUCUGGUCGCAUUCGCCUGACUGGAAACUUGCUGCUGUCUACACAGCUGGCUACAGGUGUGACUAUUGCCGCACUGGGGACGGAGACUGUCAAUGGAGAAUUUGAAGUCAUUGACAUCAAGGUUCCUGAUUUGGCUCCUCAGCCUCAGCGAUGGGCACGAGGCAGUCCGGCAUCCAAAGACUCCAGGCAAACCACCCACGAAGGCGCCGGGAAGUCUGGGAAAAUUGCAUUUGUGAGUGGCUUGGGGAUCACCGGCUCGUCAAACGACACAUUGGCCCUGGAGCUCCUCGCGGAUUACCUGCUGGGCUAUACGGGCAUCGACGACAGCGCAGACGCAUCGAGAAUCACUAGGCUCAUCAUCGCGGGUAACUCACUGGGCGCAAGCGUCACGGCAGACGUAGCAGCAGCCGCUGCUGAGAAUGCGGUGAAGAAGAAGCUCGCUCCCAAAAAGUAUGGUUAUGAUGCCUCUGCGUACAACUCCUCGCCCAUCACCCAGCUUGACAACUUUCUUGCGGAGAUAUUGCCUAGUAUCCCGGUGACAUUGAUGGCUGGUGAAUCAGACCCUGCCAAUUUCUCGCUUCCCCAGCAAGGCAUCCAUCGUGCCAUGUUUCCACGGUCGCGGGCGUAUUGUGCUCCUCCGCCUACCGGUGACAGCAAACAGGAAGUUGGGUGGUUCGACAGUGUCUCCAAUCCCUGGGAGGGCGAUGUAGAAGGGUGGCGACUUUGGGGCUGCAGCGGCCAGAAUGUGGAUGACGUACUGCGAUAUCUAGACUUCCCGAGCGACGACGCGGAUCCUAUAACGGAACGAGACGACUCUGAGGCUCGCCUGCGAAUCAUGGAGGCGAUGCUUCGUUGGCGAUGCGGAGUUCCUACGGCGCCAGACACGAUCUGGUCAUAUCCAUUUCAAACAGUCGAUCCUUUUGUUUUGGAUGCUUCACCGCAUAUUUUUUUCACCGGCAACCAGCCUGUCUUCAAGACCACAGUGAUUGAGGCGCACGCUCCCUUCCAACUUGACGGAGACAUGGAGAUGAAAGAUUCAGACGCGAGCCCUCCAGCUGCUCGUGUCAGAUUACUAUCGAUUCCUCGAUUCAAAGAGACGGGGGAGUUGAUAUUGGUUGACACGGAGAGUUUGGAGGUUGAAGUCAUCCGCUUCGGGACAUUUGCCAGCCCGGAAGAGAAAUAG